AUGACGGGGUCCGAAUCCGUUUCUAAUUUCUUCACUAGAGUAUCCUCCGUAACCAAUCAAAUGAGGCAAUAUGGCGAAAAUAUUGACGAUGUUCGUGUUAUUGAAAAGAUUCUUAGAUCGCUUGACUCAAAGCUUGAUCUUGUUGGCGUUGCCAUUGAGGAAUCCAAUGACUUGAAGACUAUGACCCUUGAUCAGCUCAUGGGGUCAUUGCAAGCAUAUGAAGAAAGAUUAAAGAAGAAGGGAGAGACGGCGACCCAAGUACUCCAAACUAAGGUCUCUUUGGGAGAUCAAGUGAAAAAGCAAGAAUGGUCUCAUGGGAGAGGUCAAAAUCGUGGCCGUGAUCGUGGUCAUGGUCAUGGUCAUGGCCGUGGAGGAAACUUUGGUCGUGGUCGUGGAAGGAGCGGAGACCAACAUUCCAUCAAUGAAAGGUCAAGCUUUCAAACAGGAGGAUGUGGAAAUUAUGGCUACAAUAGAGGUGAAAGGAGAAGGUAUGAUAAAGCUAAUAUUCAAUGUUAUCCCUGUCACAAAUUUGGGCACUAUACUAAUGAAUGUAGGAGUGCCACUACAAACAAUGAAGUGAAGGUCAAUUAUAUUGAACUUAAAGAAGAAGAAGACGAGACAUUGUUGUUAUUGGCAACGAAUGAAGAAAGAGAGAAAGGAGAAUGGUAUUUUGACACCGGUGCCGCAAAUCACAUGAGUGGCAACAUAGAGUCAUUCUCAACUCUUAAUGAGGCGGUGAAUGGCAACAUCAUCUUUGGAGAUAAUACUAAAGCCCCAAUCAAAGGAAAAGGUGAUGUCUUAAUCCGUGCUAAAAAUGGAAGUCAUUUUUUGAUAUCUCAAGUUUAUUAUGUUCCUACUUUGAAGUCUAAUAUUCUAAGUUUGGGACAACUACUUGAGAUGGGAUAUGAUAUUCACUUGAAAGAUCGUUGCCUUCUUUUGAGAGAUGAUUCUCAUAAGUUGAUAGCAAAGAGGUGCCCAUGGAGAAAAAUAGAAUGUUCUUGCUCAAUGUUCAAGUUGAUCAUCCAAGGUGCUUGA